UAUUCUCACAUGGUAUCAGACUAGGUUAUCCCUAACCUACGGCAUUUUCUUUCUCAAACUUUCUUUUCUCCAUGGCAGAUUCUCUUCCCUAUGCCACGCUUAUUCAUAUGUUAACUCUUAAACUGUCAUCCACUAAUUAUCUUUUGUGGAAGACCCAAGUACAGACCCUUCUCCAGAGCCAAGGCUUAUUCGGAUUUUUGGAUGGCACCAAAGUCAAACCGUCAGUUUCAUCUUCUUUUGAUGCUGAAGCUAUUAAGGCGGAACAAGACUGGAUCACUCAAGAUCAGCGCCUUCAUAGUUUGCUUCUCUCCUCGUUGACCGAAGAAUCCAUGGCUCAUACUUUGGGUUCUACCAGUGCUGCAUCCGUUUGGUCUGCUUUAGAGAAGGUGUAUUCACUUCAGUCCAAGUCUCGUGAGAUUCAACUCAAGGAUGACCUUCAGAAUCUCCGCCGUGGCUCCUCUUCUGUGGAAGAUUACAGCAAUCUCUUUGUCGGCUUGUGUCAUAAACUGGCUGCUAUCAAGUGUUCAAUCUCUGACACCGAUAAACUCCAUUGGUACCUUCGUGGACUUGGACCUGCUUUUUCUCACUUCUCCCUUCAUCAAAUUCGCCAACAUCCCACUCCAUUGCUCAGUGAUGUAAUUUCUGAAGCUAAAAGCUGUGCUCUUUUUCAGAAAUCUCUUGAGGAACCUUCAUCUUCUCCAACUGUAGCCUUUGCAGCAUCAUCUGCUUCUGCAUCAGGCCGUCUCCAUCAUCCUAAGUCAUCUGGCCCACCCAAUGGUCGUUCUGGAACUCGCCCCUCUGCCCACCGAGUCUCUACUGGGCCUCGUCACAAUAAGACAAAUCGCCGAUCCUUUGCCCCGCGCUGUCAAAUUUGCCGCACCGAGGGUCAUUUUGCAAGUGAUUGUCCUGAUCGUUAUCAUCGAUCUCAUUCAGACAACACUCAUGCCAACCUUGCUGAGGCUUUUCACUCCGUCUCCUUACAGUCAUCUGACUCUCCUGAUUGGUAUAUGGACUCAGGUGCUUCUUCACACAUGACUUCUACCUCAUCUCAGCUUGCCUCGGUUUCUCCUUACUCGGCACAAGAUCACAAGGGAGAUCAUGGCAAAGGGAAAGCGUGAACAUGGAUUGUACGUCCUUGAACGAGGAUCAGAAGCUUUACUUGGAGAAAUCCGUACACAGAAACUCAAGGGCUCCUUUGAGCUAUGGCAUUCUCGACUAGGACAUGUCUCUUUUAAUCUUAUUCACUGUUUAAAUAAAUUGGGCCAUAUUUCCGUUACUUCUCUACUGCCCAAACCAACUGUUUGUCAUUCAUGUCAAUUAGCCAAAAGCAAACGCUUGCCUUUUGAACUUAAUAAAAAGCGUUCUACUUCUUUUUUGCAAUUGGUGCAUUGUGAUUUGUGGGGGCCUGCUCCUAUUCCCU